AUGUUGUCAAGGCGCAUGGUAAGUUUUCUCAGCAAGGCCGACGAGGAGGCCAUGGGGGACGAGGUCGAGGUCAGGAGAGAAGACCAGGACAAGAUCAACAAGUUCAGCCGUCUGCACUCUCGCGAGCUCGGCAUCGAGGAUGAACUGAAGAACAAGAACAAGGAGAAGGAGGAGCUCGAAGACCUCAGCACAGAACUAGAGCUCGCCGACGAGGACGAGACUGUACCAUACAAGAUCGGCGACGCAUACUUCCACGUCCCGCAACCCCAGGCAAUAGAGAUGCUGGAGAAGGCUUCGUCCAAGAUCGAAGAGGAUGUCGAGGAGUUGGAAUCCAAGCUGGAAACGAUCAAGGAGGAAAUGACCCAACUCAAGGUCGAGCUGUACGCCAGGUUCGGAAAGAGCAUCAACCUCGAGACAUGA